AUGGCACACAGAUUAGGAGGUCGUAGAAAAAAUGUGAAAAAAGGGUUCCAAUUUACCUUAAUGGUAGUUGGCGCGUCUGGAACCGGUCGUACGACUUUUGUUAACACACUUUGCGGAAGCGAAGUUUUACCUAAAAAAGUUUGCGAUAAUCCGGAAAAUGCACAUGUUGAAGAAGGAAUUCGUAUAAAACCAGUUACAGUCGAGCUUGAUGAAGAUGGUGUCCGUAUCGCUUUAACAAUCGUAGAUACUCCUGGAUUCGGUGAUAAUAUUGAUAAUGAAUUUUGUUUUCAGGAAAUAAUGGGUUACUUAGAAAGACAGUAUGACGAUAUCCUUGCCGAAGAAUCUAGAAUUAAACGUAAUCCACGGUUCAGAGAUAACAGAGUCCAUGCACUUCUUUAUUUUAUUACAGCUACUGGCCAUUCUCUGCGUGAAAUUGAUAUCGAACUAAUGAAGCGAUUAAGUCCGCGAGUUAAUGUCAUUCCAGUUAUUGGAAAAGCUGAUACAUUGACUCCAACCGAGCUUAGUGAUUUCAAAAAAAGGAUUAUGGAAGAUAUUGAAUAUUACAAUAUCCCUAUUUAUAACUUUCCAUUUGAUGUCGAAGAAGACGAUGAAGAUACUGUGGAAGAAAAUAGUGAACUUCGGGCUCUUUUGCCAUUCGCAAUUAUUGGCAGCGAAGAAGAAAUAAGUGUCAAUGGUAAAUCUGUUCGUGGGCGUCAAUACCCAUGGGGUGUGGUCGAAGUUGAUAACCCUCAACAUUCUGAUUUUGCUAGACUAAGAUCUGCUCUAUUAAGUUCUCAUUUGCAGGAUUUAAAGGAAAUCACACAUGAUUUCCUCUACGAAAAUUACCGCACAGAGAAACUUAGUCGUGGUGUUGACAAUACUCCCGAAGAAACUAAUAUUCUACCUGAGGAUCUUGCUACGCAAAGUGUAAGAUUGAAAGAAGAACAAUUGAAGAGAGAGGAAGAAAAAUUGCGAGAAAUAGAAUUAAAAGUACAAAAAGAAAUUACCGAGAAAAGACAGGAGCUUUUAGCCAAAGAAGAAGCUCUGAGAAAUCUCGAGGCACGCCUUGCACAAGCUCAAGAAAAUCCAUAA